CAAGAGCGUAUACACCAGCCAGUGGAAAGUCUAUCACCAACUUCCCGCUAGAAUGACGCGGAAAACAACGGGGUGCUGUUGUAAGCUCCGACGCUUUUUCACCAGUCGUUGACUAACUUGUUACGGUAAUGCUGCACACGCAGGGUUGGCAUUGUUCUAUGGCGAACUAUGUAGCCGAGUCAUUGUGAAGUUUUCUGCAGUUUUUUUACCGUUGACUUGAACUUGUGCAGAAAGACCUGUUUCUUUGCCUUCAGCCGUUCAGGUCGCAUUACCUUUUUGUUGUCUUGAGCAGCACAAGUCAGUUGCGUCUUGCUGCUCUAUGCUACAUCUCCCCGAAGCUGAAAGGACAACAAGCUAAGCGUAUUUCCACAGGUAUGCAGUGGCCGGCUACGCCCGCACCACGGCCACGAUGGACAGUGGUCGUAGUGCUUCUAUGCCAGUUGGCCGCCUCGGCAAGUGCUUACAACCUUGACCUCUUGAACCCUAUCGUGGUCGGAGAUGGUCGCAGGGGCAUGUUCGGCUACUCCGUGUCGUUCCACUCCACGACCAAGGGCAAUCGACCUGUGGCCAUUGUGGGAGCACCACGUGACACCCAGAUCAACAGUGCUGCGAACGGACACAGGGAGACUGGGGCGGUGUACCGGUGCUCACUCCGCUAUGACGAUAUGUCUUGCAGUCAGCUGGAGAUUGAUACAGCAGCCAACGAGGUAACCGAGUUCCGGUCGCCCGAUAACAGGGUAGCUUCCUACUCUGAAGCUAAGUCCUAUAUGAGACUCGGUGCAACUGUCCUCAGCUCGGGACCAGGAAAGCCAGUGUGGGCAUGCGCCCCGCAUUAUCACGACGUAUUUGAUCUGCCACCCAAAGAGCGGCGCGGAGCACAGAAAAGAUGGGAUCCUGUCGGCAGGUGCUACUCGCUUCCGGGAGACUUGGAUGCUAGCAAAUUUCCACUUGCAGAGGAUGCCAUUGUGCAACCAUGUGAAUCUCAAGCCAGAUUUCAGACACAGCAAUACGGCAAGUUUGCCCAGCUCUACACAUGUACCACGGGCAUUUCCCUGGACUUUGUCAACAGAUCAUCUAAUACGCAUGACGCGUUGAUCGGUGGACCAGAUUCUCGCUAUAUCCAAGGUCGAGUAUAUACCACCGGUGCAGGCCCAGUUGCAAAGACUUCUCGUACAUACCGUGCAAGUCCCAUCGACCCCGGAUUGGUGACGAAAGUCAAGACGCCGUUCAUUCGUGCUGGAUUUGCUGUAACAAACGGACAUUACAGUAGAGGCAGACAAGAUGUGGCAUUCUCAGCUCCACUCUAUGACCGUUACUAUGGAGCGGUGUUUGUGAGCCCGCUUGAUGGAGCCAGGUCUCUUCUGGGUCUGUACGAUCUCAACUUUGCCCUGAAAUGGCAAGACAGGCUCCCCGACGCUGACGUCACCUUGCUACAUGGUCAACAGCAUGGAGAAUUCUUUGGCUUCGCACUUGCCUCUGCUGAUGUAAAUGGUGAUGGAGUUCAUGAGCUACUGGUCGGGGCUCCGAUGUACAGUGAUGGACUCGUUGGCUCAGUGGACGGGGAGGUGGUCAGUGGGCGCGUGUAUGUCUAUGGAGAAUCCCUGAGCAAUGCAAUUAGUGGUUCUACUGCUGGGGUGUCCGGUCCAGAUUUUGGCUCAGCGUCCAGUGCCACUGAGGUUCCGCCCAAUCUGAAGAUAACGGGAAAGAUUGGAGCACAGUUUGGCAGAGCAAUUGCGGCCUUGGGCGAUCUGGAUCAGGAUGGCUACGAGGAUGUUGCCAUAGGAGCACCAUAUGAGGACGGCACGGGUGCUGUGCACAUCCACUACGGCUCCAGAGAUGGACUGCUACCCACCAGCGCACAGGUUAUCACCCCUAGUGACCUAGGCCUGCCUGGUCUGUCCACCUUUGGACUGGCCAUUGGCAAAGGAUUCGACAUGGACGGAAACAAUUACAAUGAUGUGAUAAUUGGAGCACCUGAGUCCAAUCGCGUCAUAGCCCUAAGGUCGAGGCCAGUUGUUGAUGUCAAGGUCUUCUUCAGUUCUGAUGCGAGCGGCCGAGAGACAUCUGAUUAUGUUGCCGACAUUGCUAACUCUGACUGCGCCUUCAACUCGGUUGCGAAUUUGCCAUGCUUUCAGGUUCAUGUGUGCGCAACGAAUACUAGCGAGCUUCCUCGUGAAAGUUCUUUGGAAGUGGCAUUUGACAUUGUGAUGGACAACAAUCUUCUAGGACAUCCUGACGCAAGCGUCCGGCACCUUCGCUUCAAUGGCUCCUUCAGCCUGGAGAACUCCCGAGGGCCAAAGUGUGAGCCGCGCACCAUUUACCUUCGAAAUGACAUCCGGUUUCCAUGCCGACCCGCCACACUGAAAGUUGAUUGGAAGCUCAUUGAACUAGACAGCACGGAGGCACGGCUGUCUCCCAUUGUUCGAGCAACAAAUGUGCAAAAUCCGGUGAUUGCAAAGAUUGACAUGACCGGGCCUUGCUCAAACUGUUUACCUGACAUGAGUGUUCUGCCGGCGACCUUCUUUACUAGUGACAAUAGCCGCGACACGGUUAUCGCUGGUCAGACUGAGACAGCACAGCUGUCCUUUACCGUACACAACAUAGGAACAAUGAUCGGCUGCCGCUCAGAAGCCUUUGUGACCUUGCCUUCGGGUGUGAGAUUCAUUGGAGACAUCGUACCAGGAAACCAGUCGUGUCUGCUCGAUGAAGGCCAUGAGGUGCCCAACACUGUUCGCUGUGUGCUACCACCUGCAAUGAUACCAUAUGAGCAGGAGCAGAUCGUCAUGGAGUUGAACAUGAAGCAGAUAUCGGAGCUCCCCAGGAUGGCGACAAUCACGAUUUCAGUCAAAAGUAACAACACCGAGGAUCCGUCGACAUUGGAAAACAACCAGUACACAGUGCCGCUGACAAUCUUCACCAAGGCACGCAUGACUGUUGUGGCCAAGUCCCAGCACCGGUCAGUUGAAGUUCCCAACGGUGUUGCACAGCCCAGCACGCUGGAGGAGGUCGGCCCAGAGAUGACGCACUUGUUCCAAGCGUUGAACCUGGGACCGAGCAGCACGCCGCCAGCACAGCUAGCUAUCUCAUGGCCUGUGAAAACACCAGCCGAUACGGAACUUCUCUACCUGACAAAGGUCGAGUCUCCGCGUCGACAGAUCCGCUGUAAUCACUCUAGCCUGCUGGAUCCCGAGCAGCUGCGGAGUAAAGACGCCAUCAAUGGCACGUACAGCGUAAUGCCGAAUGUGGAUUCUGCUUCAAGCAGUGUACAGGGCGACGUGGCCACAAUCAUCUGCGACAUUCCCAGUCUUGUCGUGAAAGACUCCGCAAGCAUUCAGAUCACCUGGAGAGUUAGAGCCAAGUCUAUACAUGAUGCUGCUCUCUUACCUUCAAACGUGUCGACUUCAAUCUCCCUGGUCGGUUUUGAGGCGCGAGAUGGAUACGAGUGGCUGACUGACCAGGACACGGGAUUGGCGGAGGCAUUGACAGAACUGGUGGGAUAUGUGGAGGUGAAGGCAAGCUCUCUAAAGCUAUGGCAUAUCAUUGUCCCCAUCGUCGUAGGAUUGAUUCUUAUCUUGCUUCUCAUCUUACUGCUAUAUAAGUGUGGCUUCUUCAAACGAACGAAAGAGUUUGAUAUUCCGGCCAGAGGAGCUGCGGGCCAAGGCGCAAGACCAACCAGCGAGGUGUAAUGCAAGGGUGCCGGAUUCCCUCCCUCCCCCCCCCCCCCCACACAUACACACAGCUCAACACCACUUGCCCGAACAACAAGGACCCCAUCCAGGAGCUACUGAGCUACCGUACGCGGGGAGCAAUAUGGGACACGCGCAUGCAGAUGUCAUGAAUUGCCAUCCUGCUACAGCAGGCCCCUGAACUUGAUCAACCAGGUACUUUGAAGUACAUGUAUAUAAACAUCUCGUUUAGCUUUGAUACAUAAAUUGACAGAUAAAUUAAUAACUAAAGCACCCCUUCUAAAGAUUGACAUAACAAAUGAAUAAUUUUGCAAAUUUAUACUGAAAAAGAAUGAUACUGUACUCCCAGAUGUUAGGAACAUAGGAAGUACAUGCAGCAGGAAAUCAGGAAAGUGCACAUCACACUCUUCACACCUGAUGCAACAAUUAGCACAAACCACAAUAAUAUUAUUACUCUAUAUUUACCUGAGCAUAUAAUUAUUUAGGUUAUUCACUACUACUGGUCGAGCCUGAUGCAAACCUCCAAUAUCAUCAUGACUGUAAUUAUAAUCUACUUCGAAGUACCUGGCCUGACUUUCCGAAUGAACAUCAUUUUACUUGUCCACGUGGCUGGCCAGCGGCAUGCGCCCACGCACUCCAGAACCAUCGCACAAGUUGCAUUGCGGACGGUGCGAGUGUACUGGCCGAGUGUACUGGCCGAAGACCGUGCUUGAUCGCUGGGCUAUACAGUCAUGUGAUGGAGCGUAUUGCCAGCCCAACACCUUUUCUUUCUUUCUUUUUUGAAAUUUUCAUUAUGAAUAUUGAGGCCUGUGUGGAAUCAACGA